UCCGGAGAUUAGCCAACGGUUGGUGGCGGUCCUGUUGGGGGCAGUUUCCGGUCGUGAGGCCCCGCACGUGAACUCUGCCCUGGAGGUGGAGGGAGCCCGAGGUUCUGGGUGUUAAUUAUGUAACUGUUCAAACCGGUGGCUGUUCUGUCACGUGUCACCCAACGGCGCGCGUUCCCGGUUGGCGCAUGCUCAGAGAACAGCCCAGCUAUUUUUCUCCGUGGCGGCGGCGACGAGCGGAAGUUCUUGGGAGCGCCAGUUCCGUCUGUGUGUUCGAGUGGACAAAAUGGCGAAGAUCGCCAAGACUCACGAAGAUAUUGAAGCACAGAUUCGAGAAAUUCAAGGCAAAAAGGCAGCUCUUGAUGAAGCUCAAGGAGUGGGCCUUGAUUCUACAGGCUAUUAUGACCAGGAAAUUUAUGGUGGAAGUGACAGCAGAUUUGCUGGAUAUGUGACAUCAAUUGCUGCAACUGAACUUGAAGAUGAUGACGAUGACUACUCAUCCUCUACAAGUUUGCUUGGUCAGAAGAAGCCAGGAUAUCAUGCCCCGGUGGCAUUGCUUAAUGAUAUACCACAGUCUACAGAACAGUAUGAUCCGUUUGCUGAGCACCGACCUCCGAAGAUUGCAGAUCGGGAAGAUGAAUACAAAAAACACAGGCGGACCAUGAUAAUUUCCCCAGAGCGUCUUGAUCCUUUUGCAGAUGGAGGGAAGACACCUGAUCCCAAAAUGAAUGCUAGAACUUACAUGGAUGUAAUGCGAGAACAACAUUUAACUAAAGAAGAGAGAGAAAUUAGGCAGCAACUAGCAGAGAAAGCUAAAGCUGGAGAACUAAAAGUCGUCAAUGGAGCAGCAGCUUCCCAGCCUCCCUCAAAACGAAAACGGCGUUGGGAUCAAACAGCAGAUCAGACUCCUGGUGCCACUCCCAAAAAACUGUCAAGUUGGGAUCAAGCAGAGACUCCUGGACAUACUCCUUCCUUAAGAUGGGAUGAAACACCUGGUCGUGCAAAGGGAAGUGAAACUCCUGGAGCAACCCCAGGAUCUAAAAUUUGGGAUCCUACUCCUAGUCACACACCAGCGGGAGCUGCUACUCCUGGAAGAGGGGAUACGCCAGGCCAUGCAACACCAGGCCAUGGAGGCGCAACCUCAAGUGCCCGUAAAAACAGAUGGGAUGAGACUCCCAAGACAGAAAGAGAUACUCCUGGACAUGGAAGUGGAUGGGCUGAGACUCCUCGAACUGAUCGAGGUGGAGACUCAAUUGGUGAAACACCAACUCCUGGAGCCAGUAAAAGAAAGUCACGUUGGGAUGAAACACCAGCUAGUCAGAUGGGUGGAAGCACUCCUGUUCUGACUCCUGGAAAAACACCAAUUGGCACACCAGCCAUGAACAUGGCUACCCCUACUCCAGGUCACAUAAUGAGUAUGACUCCUGAACAGCUUCAGGCUUGGCGGUGGGAGAGAGAAAUUGAUGAGAGAAAUCGCCCUCUUUCUGAUGAAGAAUUAGAUGCAAUGUUCCCAGAAGGAUAUAAGGUACUUCCCCCUCCAGCUGGUUAUGUUCCCAUUCGAACUCCGGCUCGAAAGCUAACAGCAACUCCAACACCUUUGGGUGGUAUGACUGGUUUCCACAUGCAAACCGAAGAUAGAACUAUGAAAAGUGUUAAUGACCAACCAUCUGGAAAUCUUCCAUUUUUAAAACCUGAUGAUAUUCAGUACUUUGAUAAACUUUUGGUUGAUGUUGAUGAAUCAACACUUAGUCCAGAAGAACAAAAAGAGAGAAAAAUAAUGAAGUUGCUUUUAAAAAUCAAGAAUGGAACCCCUCCAAUGAGAAAGGCUGCGUUGCGUCAGAUUACUGACAAAGCUCGUGAAUUUGGAGCUGGGCCUUUGUUUAAUCAGAUUCUUCCUCUACUGAUGUCUCCUACACUUGAGGAUCAAGAGCGUCAUUUACUUGUGAAAGUUAUUGACAGAAUAUUAUACAAACUUGAUGACUUAGUUCGACCAUAUGUGCACAAGAUCCUUGUGGUCAUUGAACCAUUGCUGAUUGAUGAAGAUUACUAUGCUCGAGUGGAAGGCCGAGAGAUUAUUUCUAAUUUGGCGAAGGCUGCUGGUUUGGCUACUAUGAUCUCCACCAUGAGACCGGACAUAGAUAACAUGGAUGAAUAUGUCCGUAACACAACGGCUAGAGCUUUUGCUGUCGUGGCGUCUGCCCUGGGCAUUCCUUCAUUAUUGCCCUUCUUAAAAGCUGUGUGCAAAAGCAAGAAGUCCUGGCAAGCAAGACACACUGGCAUUAAGAUUGUACAGCAGAUAGCUAUUCUUAUGGGCUGUGCUAUUUUGCCACAUCUCAGAAGUUUAGUUGAAAUCAUUGAGCAUGGUCUUGUGGAUGAGCAGCAGAAAGUUAGGACCAUUAGUGCUUUGGCCAUUGCUGCCUUAGCUGAAGCAGCAACUCCUUAUGGGAUUGAAUCUUUUGAUUCUGUGUUAAAGCCUCUAUGGAAGGGUAUCCGCCAACACAGAGGAAAGGGUCUGGCCGCUUUCUUAAAGGCCAUUGGGUAUCUCAUUCCUCUCAUGGAUGCAGAAUAUGCCAACUAUUACACUAGAGAAGUGAUGUUAAUCCUUAUUCGAGAAUUCCAAUCUCCUGAUGAAGAAAUGAAGAAAAUUGUGUUGAAGGUGGUAAAGCAGUGUUGUGGAACAGAUGGUGUAGAAGCAAACUACAUUAAAACAGAAAUUCUUCCUCCUUUUUUUAAACACUUCUGGCAACAUAGAAUGGCUUUGGAUAGACGAAAUUACCGACAGUUAGUUGAUACCACUGUGGAGUUGGCAAAUAAAGUAGGUGCAGCAGAAAUUAUAUCCAGGAUUGUGGAUGAUCUGAAAGAUGAAGCUGAACAGUACAGAAAAAUGGUGAUGGAGACAAUUGAGAAAAUUAUGGGCAACUUAGGAGCAGCGGAUAUUGAUCAUAAACUUGAAGAACAACUGAUUGAUGGUAUUCUUUAUGCUUUCCAAGAACAGACUACAGAGGACUCAGUAAUGUUAAAUGGCUUUGGGACAGUGGUCAAUGCUCUUGGCAAACGAGUCAAACCUUACUUGCCUCAGAUCUGUGGUACAGUUUUGUGGCGUUUAAAUAACAAAUCAGCAAAAGUUAGGCAACAGGCAGCUGACUUGAUCUCUAGAACUGCAGUUGUUAUGAAGACUUGUCAAGAGGAAAAAUUGAUGGGUCACUUGGGUGUUGUCUUGUACGAGUAUUUGGGUGAGGAGUACCCUGAAGUAUUGGGCAGCAUUCUUGGAGCACUGAAGGCCAUUGUAAAUGUAAUAGGUAUGCAUAAGAUGACCCCACCAAUUAAAGAUCUGCUGCCUAGACUUACCCCCAUCUUAAAGAACAGGCAUGAAAAAGUGCAAGAAAAUUGUAUUGAUCUUGUUGGACGUAUUGCUGACAGGGGAGCUGAAUAUGUGUCUGCAAGAGAAUGGAUGAGGAUUUGCUUUGAGCUUUUAGAGCUAUUAAAGGCUCAUAAAAAAGCUAUUCGUAGAGCUACAGUCAACACAUUUGGUUAUAUUGCAAAGGCUAUUGGCCCUCAUGAUGUAUUGGCUACACUUCUAAACAAUCUCAAAGUUCAGGAAAGGCAGAACAGAGUUUGUACCACUGUAGCAAUAGCCAUUGUUGCUGAAACAUGUUCACCCUUCACAGUACUACCUGCCUUAAUGAAUGAAUACAGAGUUCCUGAACUGAAUGUUCAAAAUGGAGUGUUAAAAUCUCUUUCAUUCUUGUUUGAAUAUAUUGGUGAAAUGGGGAAGGACUACAUUUAUGCUGUAACACCAUUACUUGAAGAUGCUUUAAUGGAUAGGGACCUCGUACACAGACAGACGGCUAGUGCAGUGGUACAACACAUGUCACUUGGGGUUUAUGGAUUUGGUUGUGAAGAUUCUCUAAAUCACUUGUUGAACUAUGUAUGGCCCAAUGUGUUUGAAACAUCUCCCCAUGUAAUUCAAGCAGUUAUGGGAGCCCUGGAGGGCCUAAGAGUUGCUAUUGGACCAUGUAGAAUGCUACAGUAUUGUUUACAGGGUCUAUUUCAUCCAGCCCGGAAAGUCAGAGAUGUGUAUUGGAAAAUUUACAAUUCCAUCUACAUUGGUUCACAGGAUGCUCUCAUAGCACAUUACCCAAGAAUCUACAAUGAUGAUAAGAACACCUAUAUUCGUUAUGAACUUGACUAUAUCUUAUAAUUUUGUUUAUUUUGUGUUUAAUGCACAGCUGUUUCACACUUUAAACUUGCUUCAAUUUGGUGAUGUAAACUUUUAAACAUUGCAGAUCAGCAUAGAACUGGUCAUAGAGGAAGAGCUAGAAAUGCAGUAGCAUGAUUUUUAAAUAACCCGUAUUUGUUUUUGAUGUUAAACAGUAAAUUGCCAGUAGUGACCAAGAACACAGUGAUUACACACACUUUACUGGAGGGAUUUCAUUUUUAAUUCAUCUUUAUGAAGAUUUAGAAUUCAUUCCUUGUGUUUAAAGGGAAUGUUUAAUUAAGAAAUAAACAUUUGUGUACAAAAUGCUAA